AGUGUGGAUGCCUAAGACCAAAGUUGUUGACCCUAUCCUGGAAGAUGUCACUCUGGAGCCUGAACUAGAGGAGGCGCUUUCUAGUGCUACUGACGCAGAAUUGUGCGAUAUAGCAGCCAUUUUGGGCAUGCACACACUGAUGAGUAAUCAGCAGUAUUACGAAGCACUGGCCAGCAGUACUAUCGUCAACAAACAGGGCUUGAACAGCGUAAUCCAGUGUACUCGGUAUAAGCCAGUGCCAGACGAACAGCCCAAUGACACAGAUGUAGAGGAAACACUACAGAGAAUCAAGAGAAGAAGUUGUCACUUCUGA